GCGCAUUGAUGCUAGCCAGAUUCCAAAUCAAGUAACGGAACCGGGCAGCGGCGGCCGGUUGGCAGAAAGUUGUUUUGACGAAACUGUUCAGACACCACGAGACGUUUUUGAGUGUUUAAAGUAAAGAGGACAGAUUAAACCUGUGUCCUCGAGGAGGGACGGCUGUUUUUGACUUGUAGACUGAAGUUUAUUUCACUGUGCGUCAUGAUCUCCAAACACAGGCCGACUGACAGAGGGAAAGUUCUGGACCGGGUCAGACUAACUGAAAUGAAUGGAGCCGGACUCACUCUCUAAAUGCCGAGAUGAAUUUCGGUGUCCCCGCAAAUUCCCUGCUGCUCUUCCGUGCCUGCGACGAAGGGGACUAUGACACCGCCCGGGGGAUCCUGGAGCCCGGAGCCCCGAAAGAGUCCGGGCGGCAGAGCAGGCUGCGGUCCGAGGCUGGUUCGGAGUGCAGCCCCGCGGACAUGUUGUCUCUGGUCCCCGUGGACUGUACGGACGAGGAGGGGAACACAGCACUACAGUUCGCUUCGGCGAGUGGUCAUGAGAACCUGGUCCGGUUUCUGCUACGAAAAGGGGCUUCGGUGGACAGCCGCAAUAACUACGGCUGGACCCCGCUGAUGCAGGCUGCUAGGUUCGGUCACCUGACUGUUGCUCACAUCCUGCUGGAGAAUGGAGCGGAGAUAAACGGGCGUAACAGGCUGGGAGCGAGUGUCCUAAGUAUGGCCGCUCGUGGGGGGCACGCUCAUGUUGUGAAGCUGCUCCUAGAGAGCGGUGCUUAUGUGGAUGACUACGAUCACCUGGCUGUUGCUGCAGACUCGGUCUCUAAUGGCAACAACAACAACAGCUGCAGUGGGUCUGGUUUUGGAGCUGCUGAAGGCUGUCCAGGAGGAGGAGGCAGAGAGUUCAUGGACAUAAUAGCGCUGAUGGUGGCUGCUCAGUUUGGACACGAGGCCACAGUGCGUCUGCUGCUGGAGUGGGGCUCUGAUGUCAACUUCUCCCAGAAGACCACUGGUUGGGGACCACUGAUGAUUGCAACACUUAGUGGGAAGGUGGCCGUGGCUCAGCAGCUGGUGGAGCGAGGAGCUGACCCUGAUCGAAUCAACGUCCUGUCAAAGACGGCAUUUGAGCUCGCCAUGCAGCUGAAACAGAGAGACAUCAAGGCCUACCUGGACUCCAUCACCACCGUCCGACCUCAGACAGAUGAUGAGAGAAGAAGACCGGAUGUGUUUAGUGCCCUGAAGCUGGGAAACUCCCAGCUGGUCAAAGAGAUCCUGGAAGAGGAUCCGACUCAGGUGAAUUCAUCCAAUCAGGAGGGAGCGUCCCCUCUCAUGAUAGCGGCAGUGAGCGGUCAGUUGGAGGUGGUGCAGCUGAUGGUGGAGAAGAAAGCAGACAUAGACAAACAAGAUGGCGUCCAUGGGUGGACCGCUUUAAUGCAGGCCACCUAUCACGGCAACAAAGACAUCGUGAAGUACCUGCUGAGUCAGGGAGCGGAUGUCAACCUCCGAGCCAAGAACGGAUACACAGCAUUUGAUUUGGUGAUGUUACUGAACGACCCAGACACAGAGCUGGUGCGUCUGUUAGCUUCAGUCUGUAUGCAGGUCGACAAAGACAAGUCGAAACACCGCGGCAGAGCUUCAGUGACUCGCUCCAAAAGCCGACAGUCCCUAAACAAUGUCCCCGUACCGCCUGAUGACAAGGGAGGACUAAGGUCCUGGUGGAGUCGGAUGUCGAACCGUUUCCGGCGGCUGAAGUUGACUCACACCCUGAGACACGGCCUCUCGUCCAAUCGCCUCGCUCCGUUUCCUGAUGACGCUGAAACCUUGUUAGACGCAACAAUGAAAGCAGAGAGGAAACCUGCAGCUGGGUCCAACGGGGCACUGGCACCAAGUCCAGCUCUGGGAGGGAGCGACAUCAACACUGCCUGGGCAGUGAAGAGCAAAGAUUCUGGUCUUUGCAGAACAUCCUCAGAAAAGGAGGACUUUCUUAUAACCACUAUGCUCAGAAGUGGUGCACCUUUGACCCGGCUGCCCAAUGACAAGCUCAAAGCAGUGAUUCCUCCCUUCCUGCCUCCAUCCAACUUUGAGCCGUGGAACUCUGAUCGCUCACGCCUCCUCAGAGAGGGAAAGAGUGAAGUCCCCCGCCUGCCGAUGCCCCCCCAGAGGAAGCUCAACAGCAGUGGAAACUCAGAUAUUACGUCUAUCAGUCGUGUAGUCAGCAGGUCCAUUAAGUUUCCCAGCAUUCCUAAGGGGCCUUCAUCCUCCUCGCCAUCAAACUCUGGUCACUACCACUCCCCACACUCCUCAGGAGGCUCCAAUGGAGUCGCCGGGAUCAACCGGGAUUCCCACAACCGAUCAGGGGGCAGUGCAGACAGCGUUCUCUCUCAGAUAGCAGCUCAGAGAAAACGAGCAGCAGGUCUAAUCGAUGUGAAGGCUCAGACUCCGGAGAAACAGCCGAGUCAGACACAGAACCAACCCUCCCUGCCUCCCUCAGCCCCCAUCCUGCCACUGCCUGAUAUCAACCUCCCUGACAUCCACUCCCACCCCAGCCUGGUUGCCUCUGACAUCCACUCCAGAAGGAAGAUGGACCUGAAGAAGAGACCUCAGUCAGGGAACUCCUCCACCUCAAAGAGCACGUCGCCCACUCUCACCCCUUCCCCAUCCCCAACACCUAAACCUCCCACUGGGCCUGGAGACUCCCUGUCCUCAGCCUCUUCUCAUCCUCGCUCCAAGAGCAGCGGGGGCUCCAGCAGUGGAACCAUUACUGAUGAAGACGAGCUGUCUGGUAUCUUAAAGAAACUGUCACUCGAGAAGUACCAGCCUAUAUUUGAGGAGCAGGAGGUGGACAUGGAGGCUUUCCUGACUCUGACAGAUGGAGACCUGAAAGAGCUGGGCAUCAAAACAGACGGACCCAGACAACAGAUCCUGGCUGCAAUAUCAGAGCUCAAUGCUGGAAAGGGCAGAGAGAGGCAGAUCCUUCAGGAGACAAUUCACAACUUCCAGUCUUCCUUCGGUAGCAGCGCCAGUAACCCACGGCAACCAGGUGAACCACGAUCGCCAACAGGUUGGAUGAGACACCAGGUACGAUCAGCCAACAAAAGGUAACCCAGCAGCACCUGAUGCCAACCAGGAAGUCCACCAAAGGUACCGAGACUAAGAGUAAAAUGCAGGUGACCUCUAGCCAAGGCACCAAUAAUACGGAGUGUUCUGGACGCCAGUGCCACAGGCCACUGACAGUUAGUGCAGGAGGAAGCUGCAGCACCACCAACCAGGCCAAGAACUGCUUCUGCAGGUCCCUCCACAACUGCCUCAAGUUUUCCUCUUAUGGAUCUUAAAGCAGGGUGUGUGUGUGUGUGUGUGUGUGUGUGGCAAGGCCGGUUGAGUCCAGGACCCUACUGCUGUUUGACAAAGCAUGUGAUGUGUGGCAAAUUAUAUAUUCUUUUGCCAUUGUGGUACAGUUACAUGGCUCUAUGGUUAUAUCUACUGCUAAUGCAGCACAUGGGAUAGAAAGAGAGAUUAAGAGCAAAGAAGGACAAGAUUGUUGAAUAAGUGUGAGCAAAAAGAGAGAUUAUUUGUAUUUUAUUCAAACAAAUGUGAGAAGUAGAGCAGAUAUAUUGAAAGUAAGGACAAUUAAGGUGUUUCUGUGUUUUUCAUACAAGUCUAUUUUUACAUAUACUGUGGUCUGAAUUACUUGAGGGUACCAAAAGUUUUGUAACCGCUUGUUUCUGUAACUGCAUUUUGCCCCCUUUUAUGUUAUUUUUGGGGCUUUGUUGCCUUUAUUGUACAGGACAGCUGAAAAAAGACAGGAGGUGUGGGGAGUGGAGAGUUAAGGAAGUCAUGCAGCAAAUGACCGUGGCUGGGAGUCGAACCAGCGACUGCUGCAACGAGAACUAUAGCCUCUGUACAUGGGGCGUGCACUUAAAUCGCUAGGCAUGUCGCAUUAUUUAGCCAGAAACUGAUGUGACAUCGCUCACCUCAAAGCCACCAGAUUUAAUACAGUCUACAGUCUUCAACUCAUGAAACACAGGAGUUACUGCUUUACCCAUGUCUCAAUCAGUCAAAUUAUAUCAUAUCAUGUGUCACACAAAUAUGUUUAAUCUGAAUCAUUUAAAAAACAAAGUCUUCAUCAAGUUAAAGACAAGCCUCUGUUGCCUCACUGUCUGUGUAAAAAGCACAGAGGCAGAAUGGUGGGUAGAGUCGUUCAGCAGCUGAGUAGGUAUGUGAGGUCUUAACAGGUGUGAAACAAAGGCAAAACUACUCCUCUGCAAACAGUGGAGAGACAUUUGUUUACCUGUCUGCAACACUGUAAAGCAGGGGUGUCAAACUCAUUUCAGUUCAGGGGCCACAUACAGCCCAAGUUGAUCUGAAGUGGGCCGGACCAGUAAAAUCAUGACAUAAUAACCUAUAAAUAAUGACAACUCUAAAUGUUUCCCUUUGUUUUAGUGCAAAAAAAGUACAAGUACAUUCUGAAAAUGUUCACAUUUAAUGAACUAUCUUUGAACAAAAACAGCUGUUGUAUUUUUUGCCAUGAUAAGUCUCAUAGUGGGAAGAAUAUUUUACUCGUUAAGCCCUGAAACCUGCUGCCAACACACCAAACACACAGGUUACCCAUUCACCUGACACAGAGUGUAAUGUUUACAGCAAAAGAACAGAGAUUAUAAUAAUGAAGAAGGUAAAGUUGAUUAUUUUGGACCCCUGAGCUCCAGCAUGAACAGUCUGCUUGCUGGGCAGUGUUGUAUGCAGGGGUGUUGUGCUAGUGUUAGUAGUUAGUGGAUCAUCUUAUUGUGCUCUCAAAAGUUUUUAGCAAUCUCAACCGGACUAUGCAAACAGCAAGUAAUCUAUUAUCUCACAUGGAGAAAAAAAGUCCCUGAAAAAAAAGCACUGUUAUGGUGCGCUUCGUCAGCACUAUGAUUUUAUGCGACCCCCAGAGGACAGAUUUGAAAUAGUAGAUAUUUUUAUUGAAAAAUUCCAGUUAAUGUCUUCUCUGUAAUUUUUUCACUGGCUGGAUGUUUGACACCCCUGCUGUAAAGUCAAUGUGUAAAAUCACACACUGCGAUACUAAUAUAACGCCCAUACAAGGUGCAGUUUGAAAGUAUGAAGGCCGUGUAAUUGCAGAGCUUCAUAACAGCACUGUGGUGAAAUCUCUAUGUAAAAAAGGCGCUAAAGUUGAAACUGUUCAUCAAAAUAACAGAAACAGUAGUGGACCAGUAACUCUAGUGUUCUGUGAGGUCAAACUUCCAGAUUCUGAUGCAUUUGAAGAGUGAUGUAAUAUUUGUUUCUGUUCGGUAAUUUUUCUAAGGCUUUAUGAUCUGAGCUUGUUACUGACUAUAAGAAGUUUCUUCUAAUUAACAUACUUUGAUCUGGGACAUUUGCUCCAAAGAAUUACCUGGCAGCCAUCACAGCUGGUUUGGCUACUGCCAGCUGAAGCAGUCUUCUGAAGCAAUCCUAAACUUUUAUACCAAUUAGCAAAUCAAACUACAAAAUAUUUAAAAACAGGGCCCAGCCAGGAUGAAAGAAAAACGAACAGCAUUUCCCUGCAAGACAGAGCUGGAGAGAGAGAGAGA